GAAAGCCCGCCCCUUUUGACGUCAGGUAAGAUCCAUCAUGGCGGCGCCCCGUACCGUGGACGGAGUGGAGGGAGGCUGCGGUGAAAGCGGUUCGGUUCUAGCCCUUUCAUCCUCGGACACCAGACCCCGGUUCGGAACGCGUUUCCUUACCGACCCGCGACAGGUCUUCCAGCACAACGCAUGGGACAAUGUGGAGUGGACUGAUGAACAAGAAGAAGCUGCAAAGAAGAAAGUGUCAGAAAACAAUCAGCCUCUACCUCCAGAAAAACAAGAGGAAUAUGACAGCCUGGCCAGUGAAUACUGGAAUGAGUUUUACACGAUACAUGAGAAUCGGUUCUUCAAAGACCGUCACUGGCUGUUUACAGAGUUCCCAGAGCUGGCUCCACAUUGCAGCCUGAACCAUGAAUCGCAUCCAAAUGCCCGGGGCACAGAUUGCAGCCAGAGGAGCAGUCUAGAUGAAAAACAAUGGCAGGAAUCUGCUGCUUUGCCCCAUGACAGCUGUGACUUUCCUGGUUCUUCUGCCACAUAUCGCAUUUUGGAGGUUGGCUGUGGUGUGGGGAACACAGUUUUCCCAAUACUGAAGACCAACAAUGACACAGGACUGUUCGUCUACUGCUGCGAUUUCUCCAGCACUGCUGUGGAGUUGGUCAAGACUAAUCCAGAGUACGACUCCCAGCGCUGCUUUGCCUUUGUGCAUGACUUGAGUGAUGCAGAAGCCAAUUACCCCGUCCCCGAUGGAAGCCUAGAUGUUAUAGUGUUAAUCUUUGUGCUAUCGGCUCUUCAUCCGAGCAAGAUGCUAACGUCCAUCUGUAGAUUGGCACGUCUGCUGAAACCAGGCGGGGUGAUGCUGCUCAGGGAUUAUGGGCGCUAUGACAUGGCACAGUUACGUUUCAAAAAAGGAAGAUGUCUUUCAGAGAACUUUUAUGUCCGAGGCGAUGGAACGCGAGUUUAUUUUUUUACUCAGGAUGAGCUUCACGAGCUGUUUGUUGAGGCUGGCUUAGAAAAGGUGCAGAACCUUGUGGACAGACGGCUACAGGUGAACCGAGGGAAGCAGCUGACCAUGUAUAGGGUGUGGAUCCAGUGCAAGUACCGCAAACCUUCAUAAGACAAGAGGUGGAAGCAGAAAUAAAAAAAAAAAAUAAAACAAAGUGUUCUCUCUUCUUUUUUUUAUUCUGAGAAGUUGUGGAACUCAGGACAUUUUUGGCAACAGGAUAACUUUUCUUUAUCUCCGUUGCCCUGACAUGUUCUGAUGGAGCUGCAAUCUUCAACAUGAGGGCUGAUCCUUUUUUUUUGGGGGGGGGGGGGGGGGGGGGGGUUGUAAUCUGAAGAAAGGCUGGUAAAAAUGUUUCUACUAUGCCAGAAAUUGUUUUUACUUGGCAUAUUUUUGAAUAAAUUGUAUGUUUUUUGAAUGCAAUGACAAUUUCAUACUUAAAAAAAAUAAAUAAAAUUAAAAUAAAGGGCAA